UCAUUUGCCAAUAAAAUAGGAAAAUUGUCCAAAUAAUUCUUAUGAAACUGGAAUCAUACUGCAUUGCACACUUUGUAGACCCGAUCCCACAUUUCUCGUUUCUUGGGUUAUGCUGGUCCAAGGCAGAGUAAGCUUUUCUACCAGACCCUCAAACAACAAGCUCAUUGCGAAUCUGCUAAAGUGACUGCUCAGUGACAAUGAUGAAGGGGGAAUCGUCACAGUCGGAGCCGAUUCCGCUGCUAACAAUAAGGCCAGGGGAAGAAGGAGAAGAACCCAGAAGCAGUGGCAGAAAAAGGCAACUGCAAUUGCAAUUGGUCACCCCCUCACGGUCAUUCAAACUUCCCGAGGGUUGGCUGGUCGAGGAAAAGCCCCGUCCCCCUAGCUCUUCCCGCCCGGGCCAUACCCAUAUCGACAAGUAUUACUAUGAGCCUGGCACGGGACUGAAGUUUCGUUCACUGGCAGCUGUUCAGAGAUACCUAACAGAAGGGCAAAUCGAACAACAUACCAGAAGAUCAAAACCAGGCAAUGAGUGUACUGUGCUGAUUACACCACGCACCAGGAGGACCAGUUCAUCCUUUGUACUACCUGAUGGUUGGGAAGUUGAGGAGAAGCCACGGAGCAAUAUUAAUUAUUCUGGUUAUGUAGACAGGUAUUAUAUUGAGCCAGGGACUAGAAAGCGGUUCCGUUCUUUAUUAUCUGUUGAGAGGUACCUAACAGAAGCAAAUGAAGAUGCUCCACUCAAGGCAUUGAUGCCUGCCAACAAGUCUAGUCUUUCGCCUGGCUCUGGCUUUCAAAAGAUGAACAAUUUGGGCGAGAUCCUGUCCCAGAAAGUUAUUUCUGGUUCUGUGAGGAGAAAUCUUUCGGGCGAUUAUGAUGCACCCUCCAAUCCCAGCCCUCCAGCAAAAGUUAAUUGGGUCCUCGGCGGUCCUGGCGGGAAUAUGUGGAACGCCUUCAUGGACGACUCUAAGGUCCCGGAUUCUGUAAAGCAAAAAUGGUCCGAGACUUUUGUAUCAUCCGUCUCUGGUGAAAACGUGAGCGUGCCAAGGUUUUAAGUUAUGAUUGUUCAUCCAAGCUCAUGUAACAUGAUGUUUUCCCAGAUCCUAACGUCUUAGAGAUCUGCAGAUGUAUGCUAUAGAGAUGUGUUGUAGAAUAAAGGAGCAGUUUGUACAUUUCGAAGAUUAAGAGAAAGACAAUAGCACAUUUUCUACUGA